AAUGUCUUCAAAUUCUUCUACUGCUUCCCGAAAAAGGAAGAAAUCACCAAUAACUCAAGUCCGUCCAAUUACUAAUCAGUUGCAUCAAAAUAUUCCGCAGCAACAACAACAACAACAAAUACAAAGUCCCAAUUUUCGGGGCUAUACAAUACCAAAAGUAACUAAUGCUAAUGUUCCUCAACAACAACAACAACAAUUAAGUCCACAAGAAACGGAGGCAUUACAAGCAAAACAGGCGUUAGCAGAUGAGAUAGCCGAAAAACGACGAUUGCGUGAAACUACCAGACCAGCAAAUCUACAUCUAUUAACACUAAUUGAUCCAAUUACAAAUUUGACGAGUACUGACGUAUUAAUGCUAGCAUGGAAAAAGAAUGAUAUAUUUGAAGAGUUAAAAGGCGUAGUGGUAUUUGUGAAGCGUGCGUUAACAACAAAAAAUAAAUACGACAGGGGAGAUCUUGUAGUGGAGGUCGGACAGACUCACGAGAAAGAGCGCAUUUCAAUUUUCGGCUGGAACGAGCAGGCAUCGAAAUUGGAGACAGCAAAUAUUAAUGAUAUAGUGGUGUUAAAAAACUUGAUCGUUGUACCUGAGGACAAUGAAAGAGUAAACUGGGCAGGAUCGAUAGAUUUCAAAUUAAAAUUUGCAAAAAACUCAACUUUAACAAUUGUAGAACAAGGGCAAAUUGCGGCGUCUCAGCAGACUACAAAUAUGAUAGGUAGUUAA